CAAAAACGAAGAAUAAGAGUAAUAUUUUUUAGUGUCAUUAUUUCAUUCUUAUUUUUAAAAAAGUUCCUUUUUAUUAGUAAUAUUUUAAAAAAGUUUAGCAAAUAUGGGUUUUCUAGACAAGCUCUCUAAAAUAUUUGGAAAAAAGAAAGAAGCUAGUAUAUUGUGUUUAGGAUUAGACAAUUCAGGAAAAACUACAAUAAUAAAUAGGUUAAAGCCAGAGAAGGCACAAACAACAGAUAUUGUUCCAACUGUAGGAUUUACAAUAGAAAAAUUAACAUUGCCAGGUUUGACCUUCACUGUAUUUGAUAUGUCAGGACAAGGGCGCUACCGUAAUUUGUGGGAACAUUACUACAGAGAUGCACAAGCUAUUAUAUUUGUUAUUGAUAGCAGCGAUAAGUUCCGUAUUGUUGUUGCAAAAGAAGAACUAGACGAGCUUCUCAAUCAUGGAGACAUUAAAAUGAAAGCAAUACCUGUUUUGUUUUUUGCAAAUAAAAUGGAUAUGCGUGACUCACUUUCUCCAGUUCAAAUUUCAAACUUACUUAAACUAGAUACUUUACGAGAGAAACCGUGGCAUAUUUGUGCAAGUAAUGCUAUUACUGGUGAAGGUUUGCAUGAAGGUGUUGAGUGGCUAACAGAGCAAAUUCAGCUAAAACUAAAGUAAAAAAGAAAACUUUUUUAUUUUUUUAAGAACUGUAAAUAAAAUCUUUUUUUAAAUGUGUAUAAUAGCAACUGAAUAAUAUUGAUAAUAAUUAGUUAGCUUGUAUAAUGAUUAUUAAAACUAGGAGCUGUAAUAUAUUUAAUAUACAAAAUAUAAAAUAAAAAAGAA